GGUGGCAUUCAGGUUUCAACACGACUGAAAGAUCGAAGGCAAUCUGUUGGGAGUUGGGAGUGGGGAGUUGGGAGUUGGGAGCGGUGAAAACAGGACAGAAAUCAAAAUUUAAGAAGAGAAGGUUUGGGAGUUUGGGAUAAUGGGGACAAGAGAGGUAUACGAGGAAAAACUAAGGAAUGGGAAUCUCUAUCAUGAUCCAACCAUCAAACCUGGCUUAGGUUCCGCUCGUUGCCCUCGUUGUCUCUCUCUCUUAAACCCUGAUUCCGACAAAGCUGAAUGGACAAUUACUUCAGUUUUACGUGAUGCCACUGCAGUGGCUGGCUCUGGUAUUGGGGGAAUGCUUAGUGCGGUACAUGGUUUCAACACAGGGAUCCCAUUCCUUCAGAAUCACAUUAAGGGACCAAAGUGGCUCCCAUUUGUAACUGGGAUUCCUCUGCUGCUGAUGUUUUCAGGCGCCAGUGCAGCAUUUGGAGGUUAUGCACUUCCAAAGUUUGCACAACUCACUGUGACUUCCUAUUAUGCUGCCUCAAGUGCCUCACAUUAUGGAAUUUCACUCCUCACGCGACACAUUGAGGAGACCUACACUACUCGGAGUCAACAAGAAAGGCUAAGAUGACUCCUUGCUGGUGCAUUUUCUAGAGAUUCUAUUUUCAUCAGUUAUGUAAGCAAUACAAUACCUAUGCGCAUGGAACUUUUGGUUUUUUUUGUAAUUUUUUAUUUUCUUUUUCCCUUCAAGUGACGAAUGUGUAUACUUCUGAAGUUAAUAAAUAAUAGUAGUAGU